CGCACUACAAAAUGUGCAAUUAAUACUAGUUCAAAAAAGGUAGGGAUCGGUAGUGCAGUCUAGUGCAGUGUUGUGAUAGCGUGCUUGCUGAUACUUCAUCCUAAUGACCUGACAACCACACAGUACUCCUCAUUUUUAAAACGCCACAUCCAGUGUUUAAUUACAGUAAGGUUCUUUUCAUUUUCAAGAAGAGAACGAUUGACUUGGUGUUUUGGAUUGGUAGCAUGCUAGCAAUUUAGCUAGCUAGAGUUACAAGCAUAUGAUCAGCGUGAAAGCAGUCCCGACAGUUCAGAGUGAGCUAACUGGUUGAUGAGUCAUUUAUCAAUUUUGUGAACUUCAGCUUGCUUGUUCGGUAACACUACUCUAAUAGUCGUGCACGCAGACACGGAAAGGUUUACAAAGAAGAACCCACAAUGAUUGACACAGUCAAAACGCUCGGCAUCGUGUUUGAUAACGAGCAGAAGAAUGGAUAUUGCAGUGGUGAAAUCGUAUCCGGACAUGUGUUGCUGGAGUUGCUGACAGCGACUCAAAUCAAGGCCAUCAAGAUAACGGCACGAGGGUGCGCGCAGGUAUGCUGGAACGAGGGUCCCUGCAGAGCAUCGUCGCCCAUCAGUGCUCCCAUGGCAACACCAUCCCUGGGGCACUGUAUUAAAGAGGAGGUGGAAUAUUUUGGUGCUUCUCAAACUCUAAUGGAAACAACAGGCAGUGAAGACGGGGAGUGGGUCAGCCUUGAUGCAGGGAGACAUGAAUUUGCUUUCCGAUUUGUGCUCCCUCAAAGGCCCCUGGUGUCCUCGUUCGUCGGGAGACAUGGGAAGGUUCAGUACUGGGUGAACGCGGUUCUGCAGAGGCCCUCGGCCCAGGACCAGAGCGUACGCAGAGAGUUCCCCGUCCUCUGCCACAUUGACGUCAACUCCCCGUCUCUGCUGUCCCCCGUUUCCACCAACAAGGAGAAGAUGAUCAGCUGCUGGAUCUUCACCUCCGGCCCCGUCUCUCUGAGUGUCAACAUCGACAGGAAGGGCUACUGCAACGGAGAGGUGAUCCCCAUCUACGCCGAGAUCGAGAACUGCUCCUCCCGCCUCGUCGUGCCCAAAGCCACCAUCUACCAGAUGCAGACCUUCCUGGCCAGGGGCAAAACCAAAACCUACCGGCAGGCGGUGGCGAGCGUGAGGGGGAACCACAUCCCCUCCGGCAGCUCCGACUCCUGGAACGGGAAGGCGCUGAAGAUCCCGCCCCUGCCCCCCUCCGUCCUCAACUCCGCCCUCAUCAGGGUGGAGUACUCUUUAGCUGUGACGGUGCAGAUCCCGGGCACCAGGAAGCUGAGGGCGGAGCUGCCCAUCGUGAUUGGCACCAUCCCGUACGGCGGCAUGGGGGCCCGCAGCGCCAGCGUCAGCAGCCGGGUCAGCCGGGACACAAGCUGGCUCACGCUGGCACUGCCCGAGGAGCCCGAAGCUCCUCCAAAUUAUGCGGACGUGGUGUCGGAGGAAGAGUUUGAGCUGCACUCCCCCUCUCUCGUCCAAUCGGAGGAGCUGGAGAGGCAACUGGGAGGGCCGAUUUUCGCAUACAUCCAGGAAUUCCGAUUUCAGCCCCCCCCAGUCUACUGUGAGGUGGACCCCCACCCCGCCCGGGCCCUGGAACCGCCGCCUCAGCUGGGUUGGCUCGCCGCGCCGCGCGCCGGACUGGCGCUUUAAGGAAGGCCGCGCCUUUACGCUCCAGUUUACCGUUGACCCCGGUUUCCUCAAAGCCGCAGCACAUUAGCCGUGACCGAUUUUUCAGAACGCCUUCGCUCUCGCUCUGGCGGAGAUGACCGUGGUACAGCCGUGACCGGGACAGGGGGAAAAGGGACCGUGUAAGUGGAAUGGCGACCGUGGGGAAAGGCCAGCCUGGACGUCACGUUUUAUUGCGGACUCGUUCGUGCCGCAGACGGGCGUGGUGCACGCUGGGAAAAACAUGUCCUCGUUGCUAUUUGAAGGAACAUUGUGAACGUUUGCAUGGUUUGUUUCCGAUCAAACAGAAACAAUAGAGCGUGCAUUUCUAAAAGGAAAAAAAAUGGCACUUGUCAACAGAAAGAAAAAAUGGUUUCGAAAGAUUUGCUAAUGCGUUUUUUUUUUCUCACGGUUCUACAAUGGUUUCAUUGGUGGGUUCGUAAGUUCAAUCUGUACCUUUUCAGUUACACAGUGAAAUUCUAUUUCUGGGUUUGGAGGUUAAAAAAAUGCUUCUGUUCAGGAGAGAAUGUGUUUUUGUAACUGUCCUUCAGUGUUAAGUUCAAAUCCAAGGACGUUCAGGGUGCUGCGCCCAUUGAAGGUUUUGAGGACAAGUGACAAUGGAAGCCAAGGAAGUGGAUGAGAACACGGUUCAAUUAACUAGUAUUCUCAGGACACAAGGAAUCAGGGUUUUUAAGAGAUGGGAAGGCUCAGGAAUAACUGUUUGAGGAAGGGCUUUUACGCUACAGCAGACAGAAAUUUGCGGUACGCCAGAGCAAUACUAAACGACAUUAAACUGUGCAGAUUUUCCUUGUCGUAUCGAAAGCAUUCCCAUACAACGCGAGCUGACGGGUGUGUCGAAUGGAGACGCCUGAGUUUACACGUUUGGUCUAAAGAGGCAGUUCCUCUUUAGGGUCCAAGCUGCCAUUAAGUUAAGAUAAUGUUUAUGUGUAGCAGUGCUUCAUUAAUUUAACAAAUGUUUACUUUUAUGUGACAUCUUCGGCACUAAGUGUGAAGAUACCAAAGCUCACAAUUAGAAAUUAACCAGCCAAGUACUGUAACUUUGCUAGUGCUGUCUGGCUUUGUAUUUGGACAUUGACAUCUCUUUAAAAAUGUUCAAUACAACACUAUGGGGAGAAUGAUGUCUUUAUACAGUGGCUGCCUUCAGUGUAUUGCUAUAAAGUGCCAAUUGCUAGUGCCUCUGGAGUGUUUAAACUGUGGAUUAUGAUGUCUGUGCCUGAGCACUAAACUUUAUAGGCCUGUGCCCUUAGCAUCUGGGGGACUUUUUUAAGUAUUGUUGUUUUUUUUUUUUGUUUUUUUCCCUGCGAUUUCACAGAAUGCUAAUCAAGUGCCUUCAAAGCUGCUAUGUUGGGAUAUCAGUAGUGAUAACCAGACAUCUCCCAGGUGUUUUAAUUUUUAUGGUCUUGGGUUUACUAUAAUGUGGAGCACCACGUGCUAACAAGUGCAAGGAUCAAGUUUGUGCAUUCAGACUCUUCGCCUUGUCAUUGAGAUGUAAUGAGAUAUCGUUGCUUAUUGUUAUUUUCCUGUGAAUCCAUCUCAAUGGGUUACUUAUUUUUUGUUGAUUUGUUUGCUUGUCUUGUUUUGUAAAUGAAAAUGUGAAUAAAAUAUUUCAAGGUACUGUUCUGUUGCAAAAUCCAGUCCUGUCUUUGGUCUGUAUGACAUGGACAUCGACGCAAUUGCCAUAUGGCACAAGUUACCGUUGCCUGCAUUAUUCGUAAUGGCAUAUUAUGCUUUUUUUGUUGUUGUUGUAAAACGUCGCUACUCUUGAAUGUUCCGUAUCAUUUAUAUUUUAUCACGCAAAUUAACACUGAAUAAACAUGUCAGCAUUGUAACAAAAUGCGCCUGGCUAUCAAUAAUAAAAUUGGUGCUAUGAA